UGGGGACGGUGGGAGGGGGCAGUGGGACUGCCGCGGCGGUGCGAGUGCGCAUGCGCAGCGCGGGAGGCUAGAGGUGGGGAAGAUGGCGGACGGCGGAGCUGAGGGGGCGAAGGCGAAUCGGCCGCAGCCCGCAGGAGGACCUGAAGAAGAGGCAGAAAAACCUGUGAAAACUAAGACUGUUUCUUCCAGUAAUGGAGGAGAAAGUUCGAGUCGCAGCGCAGAGAAACGGGCAGCUAACGAAGAAGCUGAAGACUUCACCACAAAGCCUGCUCCUGCCAAAAUGUCCAAGUUUGGAUUUUCCAUAGGCAGUCAGACAACAAAGAAGGCAUCUGCAAUAUCCAUCAAACUAGGAGCAAAUAAGCCUAAAGAGCCCGUUCCAACCCUUGCUCCAAAAACCCUUUCCGUAGCAGCAGCUUUCAAUGAAGAUGAAGAUAGUGAACCUGAAGAAAUGCCUCCAGAAGCUAAGAUGCGCAUGAAGAAUAUUGGAAGGGAUACGCCAACCUCAGCAGGACCAAAUUCCUUCAACAAAGGAAAGCAUGGGUUUUCUGACAACCAGAAGCUAUGGGAACGAAAUAUAAAAUCUCAUCUUGGAAAUGUCCAUGACCAAGAAAAUAACUAAAUGAUGUGGAUUGAGAGUUGGGUGUUUGGGGGGAGGGUGUAACAUUAAAGGAGCAGUUUCCUUUUUUAAGAAUGUUAUAAGAUUAUCUUUGGAGCCACUUUUUUAAGAGUUUGAGGGGUACACUAAUAAAUGAGUUUGAAAUUAGAGGUAAUUUAUGUUUUGUAUACAGAUUUCAAGGCAUUUGCUAAUUUUGUAGUUCGAUGUGAUUAGUUUCAAAAGGUUACAGAUAAUAAAGAAACUGGAGUGGUACCUUUUUAAGAUUUUUUUUUAAUUUUUUUUAAUUCUGUUUUUCUGGUUUUGGUCAAUGAGUAGUUAAGGUGGAUGAAAAAGGUUACUGUCUCUUUAAUGAGGUUAACAUUGAAUCCUUUUGCAUUCUCACUUCUGGCUCCCUCUUUAUAACAGGAGAAGCAGUUGACUCUUUGCAAUACUUCUAAAGAGAGUCAGCAUUGUCUUGUGCUAGAAGUGUUAGUGGACUAUUAAUUUGAAUAUAAACUUAUGCAGGAAAUAGAACCUGGAUUUUUUCCUCCCUGCAGUCACCUUUUGUUGUGUCUCUGCAAACUAGGAAUUAUGUUGCUCUGAGUGGCUCUGAUAACUUAGCUCUAAUUUUAAGACUUCAUGCAGGAUGUGUAACCUUCUGUGGCCUGUUUCAUCCUCAGGAUAUGGGUCUUGUCUGUAUAUUAGAUACAGUCUGUAAAGAAUAUUCACUACAAAGGUAAAUCAGUAUUUUCAGUGUGCUCCUCUUAAAUCAUUAGCUUCAAGUAGUGCUUGUUAGCAUUUCCAUGUGGUAUACAAAAACCACUACCAAAAAGACAAGCUAAUGUACAUUAAGCUUCACGUUUGGUUGAAAUAUUUUUCUUUCUUUAAAAUGCCUAGAAGGAAUAAAAGCCACACCAAAAAUCGGUAACUUACUGCUUAAGUAUGAAAAAAUAAAAAGAUGCACUUUCCCAUUUGUUUUGCCAUUUGAAAAAUAUGCCUUGAUGCUGGUGACCACAGUGAACACUAUCAGGUUAGAGAAGAUUGCUGUAUUUGCAGUCCUAAUGCUUCUAACAAGAGUCAGCUUCAGGACUGAAGCUCAGCCUUUUCCUACCCACCUGCCUUUUGUAGCACUUGUCAACGAUGACAUUAGUUUGCUCAAUUUAAUUUCCUAGGUGUCAUACUGCAGAAUGGUGCUGUAGGAUUUCAAACCUAGUAACAAGUGUAUAAAUUUCAGUCUAAUUUAGAUUGUAUAUUUUUAAACCAUUUUACAAGCAGAACUAGUUAAACGGAAAGUUAUCAACAGCAAUAACAACCCCUUCUCUCCAAACAAGCAUACAGUUCUUUUUUAAUUCAAAUACCUGAUAGUGCCGGCUACUAAAUUAAUUCCAGCCUGGAACUGGUCAUGGAAUUCAAUAUGUUAAUUUCUUUCAUUCUCCCUUUAAAAACUUUCAUAAUGCUGAAGUUGAACCUGCGAGUGCAGAAAGGAAAGUGCAUCUUGAAGUGUAUUUUUUUUUUAGUUUUAGUAUUAUUAUUUUAGGAAAACUCUGACUAUUUAGACUUUUGAGUUUGUAAGUUCUAAAAAAUAUUUUUUUGUAUUUUUGUAUUGUACGUGUUACCUUUUUUCUUUUGAAGUCUGAUGCUGUUGAAUACCUGUAACUAUUUUCCUUUAAAGACUUGUUAUAAACGUAACAUAAAAAUG